AUGAUGAGACGGGAUCCAGUGUUUGUGAGGAAGAAGCAAUCAUCGGUUCCAUCAUUGGUUGAUCUUUGUGUUCAGAAAGCUAUAGAUAAUGUAAGAUACCUUGGAAAUGUUGGUCCUGUUGAUCAUCAUCUGCUUGAGCAAAUUUUGCCGCAUUGCACGCUUGAUCAGUUGAUGCAUAUCGAGAAGGCCAGUGAAGGGGAUUUGAGCCCUGUAACUGAUAAGUUGUGGAAAAAGUUCUUCGAGAAGCAGUUUGGUUCAAAUUGCACAAAAGAAGUAAUUAAGAGAAUGGCAGCUAAAAGAGUGUCAUUCAGAUGGUUGCAGUUGUACGAGGCUAAAGUAAAGGAAAUGGCCGAGGCAGAGAAUGAAGCACUUGACCGAAUCAGGCAACGCUACAAGUCAGAAGAUGCAAGAAAACAGAGUAGGCAAGUAAAGAUAUGCGCCAAAGUUCCACCUUCAAGUAAAAGAAGAUUUUGGGGAGAUAAUGGACCUGGAUACAAUGUGUCAAAUGUGAAGAGCAACAUAAUGAAGAAGUCAAAGAUAGAAUUUCUUAAGUGCCGCGAGGUAAAAAACAUUGCAGCAAUGAAUAAAAAUUCUAUCCAGAGACCUGCCAGUUCAUCGAGCAUGAUGAGGAGUGGAAGUAUGUCUGGAAUGGGUUCAACUUCGAAAGAUCCCAAAUCUUCAAAGAGGUUAUUUUAG